AUGGUUGCUGGAAUGCUGAUGCCCCUGAGGGAAUUGAGGGCCAUUUAUGAGGUCCUUUUUCGAGAUGGUGUCAUGGUGGCCAAGAAGGACAAGAGACCCCAGGCCAAGCACCCAGAAGUAGAAGGUGUAAGCAAUCUACAAGUAAUCCGUGCGAUGGGGUCUCUUAAGUCAAGAGGCUAUGUGAAGGAGACGUUUGCUUGGAGACAUUUCUACUGGUACCUGACCAAUGAGGGCAUUGUUUACCUGCGUGACUUCCUCCGCUUGCCCCCUGAGAUCGUCCCUGCCUCCCUGCAGAGGAUUAGGAAGCCAGCUUCAACGCUUUCUGUUGCCCAACGGGCUGCACGGGUCCAAUCUGUGGAAGGUCCAACAUCUUAUGUUCCCAAGCCAGGACGUUGGGGCGAAUCAGAGAGCCAAGAGGGACUGGCCGAACGCCAUGGCUACCGCCACAAGAUGAUGGGUCCUGGAGAAAGAGAGGGCUACUCUGAUAGGACCCCAAGAUUUCGGGGUUGUCCACAAGCUGCAGGCCCUGUCAGGCAGAGAGCAUCAUGGGAAGUUGAGGACCAGUCUCAGUCCUCAUUUAGAAAAGGGAACAGCUUCCCAAGAGAACCAGGGAUGAUGGAGGAGAGCAGGAUGAGAGCGGUUGUUCGUCAGCCUCCUAGCGCGAGCAUUGAGAGGCCAGUCGCGAGAACACAGGAGAAUAUAGUGUCUGAAGUCCAAAAGGAUAAGGCCCCAAUUACUGCCCAGGCUAAGAGAGAAGAUUUGAAGCAGGAUGUGUCACAGACAACUCUGACAUCAGUGUACUCCAAACCAGCCCUACCAUUAGCUGCUGCUGCUGUUGCUCUGGCUACAGGUGCUGCAGCAUCAAAGAUUACAGCAGAACCCUCUGCUCCCAAAACAAAUAACCAGAAGCUUAAUAUCCUAGAUGAAAAAGCUUCCAUGAAGUCUAGCAAAGUGGUAACAUACCAUUCAGCUAUCACAACACUUCCUGGUACAGAGGUCAGAGAGGAGAAGACAAAAAAGGCAAUUGUUGUGGAUCCAAUUAAAUCUGUAGAGGCCAAGGCUACAGCUGAACCAGCAAAGGCCCAAACAGUUAUUGCAGCGGCUGCUUCUCAGGAAACCGCCAAACUCUCUCCUGGAGCAGCCAGUGUUUCCCCUGUCAUCACAAAAUCUACAACUGAAGAAGCCAAGGAUGAGAAGACAAAAACACCAGUUGUUGAUCCAGUUAAACCAGCAGCAGUUAAGCCUCUAUCUAAGAAGGAAGCAAGCAAAUUGAAAGCCCAGACAGAUAUCAUAAUACCUCCUGCUCAAGAAACUCCCAAACUUCCUGCUGACAGUGCUACCACCUCCUCCGUCAUCACAAAACCUGCCAACAAAGAUGUCAAAGAGAACGAGACACCAAAUGUAGUUGCAUUGGAUCUGAUUAAACCUGCAGAGAUCAAGGCUACAGUGGAACCAACGACUGAAAAAAUCAAGUCCAAAGCAGUUAUAUCUAUGACUGCUUCUCAGGAAACCUCCAAACCCCUCACUGACACUUCCACCCCGAUCCCUGGGAUCACAAAACCUGCUGUCACUGUGGAAGUCAAGGAAGAGAAGCUUAAGGGAACAAAGGUUGAUGAGGGAUCAAUUAAACCUCCAGAAGUGAAGACCCCAGUUGAAUCUAAGAUGAAGCAUGAGAAGGCAAAGAAAGCUACCAAAGUGUCUUUCACUCAGGAUACCACCCAACCCCAACCCCAAAGUUCCACCAGUGAGUCAGAGACCGCUAAAGUGGAAGUGACGCAGGCACCCAUUGAUGCUCAAGUGACUGGAGUGAGUGUGUCGGUAAAGCCCAAACGUGAUGACAUGCCCCUGAAAACCACCAAAGUGGAAGGGGAAUCCUCAAUUCUUAAAACUUCCAUUAGUACAAAGACUUUCUCAGCACCAAGUGCAGAAGAUGCAAAAACAGUCAGAUCUACAGUGACAGAGAUUAUUACAAAACAGGAGAAAAGUGAUGUGAAGGGGAUUUCAAUUGUCAAGAAAGAAGAAAAAGUAGGGCAGGAAACACAUGAAGUGUCAGUACAGGGCCCAGCAUUAGAGCAAAAAGAUCUGUCCUCAGCCCCAUUCAGUCAGAAAGCUGAUAUGGAGGUAAUAGUGGAAACCAAGCAACUGGUUGAAGGAAGCUCUAAAUCCAAAAAGAAGAAAAAGAAAUCCCCAGGAGAGAUAUCUAAGAGUAGUACUGAUGAGGGACCACAUGGCUCAGUGCCUGAGAAGGAAAAAAUGUGUACAGACACGCCCCCUGAGGAGGAGGCAGAAACUGCCCUGCAACCCACACUCAUGCUUAACUCAGAGCCAGCAAAAGUGCCCACGUUGAAGACUGAGGGGGCAUCCCUUGUUAAGGAAAACAAGACUCAGUCUAAAAAAGAGAUCCAAGUGGGAGAAAUAAAGGCAGUCCCUAAACAAAUGGGUGGAAAGCUGAAAAUGGAGAUUCCUAAAAAAACAGAGGACCAGUGUGAUUCUGAAGUCAAAGCAUUACCAUUAGUCUCUACAGUGACCCAAGUAAAGCUUCCGGAUCAAGCAAAUGUUAAGGAACACACAGAGGGAAGCAGUGUCAAAAAGAUAACACAGGGACCAUUAUCUCCAGUGGACAAAUCAGAUGUUAAAUUGACCCACGUGGAGCAGAUGAAAUCUGAGGAAAUGACUGUUACCAAAGUGGAAACGGUGAUGGUGCAGAAAAUUACUCAUGUGCAGCAUGUGCAGGCCAGUCCUAAACCUGAGGAGAAAAGUCCUGCAACAGUCUCAGAGUCGCACAAACUCACAUCAGAGACCAAAUCCCCAGUAAGUGCAGGGAAAGCUGCAGACGAAGCUUCAAAGGGUAAAAAGAAAGGGAAAGGGAAAAAGCAGGCGCAGGCACCAGCAACAGACAACAUGACUGCAGAGUCUGUCCGUUUGCCUGAAGCCAAAACACUUCUGUCCACUGAUAUUACAUCAUUGUCCAAGAACACAGUUAAAGACAGCCCUGACAUGGCCUCUGGACUGACUGAAGAGAAUGUUUUCCCAAAGAUGACUCCUGAAAGAAUGUGCAGUGAGGAAACCAGGCAGGCAGCAGCUGUGCUCUCUGAGGCCCCUGCAGACAAAGGGGAGGUGGAGUCAGCUCCGCUCUAUGCAGAAAAAAUCAAGCGGGAGGUUCCGAAACCAAAAACAUCCUCGACUGCAAGGGAAGCACACGCAGCCGGAGAAUUAGCGUCAGCAGCACCAGCGCUAACAGCCGAGGCAGCUGUAGCUCAGGCUCAGGCCAGCCCCCUCACCAAGCGAGAGGAGCCUCCCAAAGUUGCACAACAUUCAGCCAGUCAGUCAGUAGAGCGCAGCACAGAGAAAAGGCUCUCUGUCUCUGAGGCCUUAACACAGGAGCAAGAGAAGAAGAAGGACUUGGAGGAGGACACACCCUCUGCCUCUGCCACUCCCGCAACUGCCCAGCCCGACCAGGGGGACACCUGUGAGUCUGACAACCCUGACAUUGACGCCAUGAAGAGGAAAAUUGUUGUGGUUGAAGAGAUAGUUGAGGUGAAACAUCUUGUUAGUCCUCAAGCAACAGGGGAGCAGUCACCUCCGCCCCCUGUGAUACCUGAGGAAGAUGAAGAACUGGACCUGGAUGUUCUGGAAGCCAUUGCCAUAGAGCGGGCACUGUUGUCAGGGGCACCAGAGACGCUAGUUUACGGGGCCUCACCUGAUUCAGACUGGGACCACUCACUGGAGGAUCCAGAGGAGAAGACGUGGCCUAACUUCAUUGAAGAUGAGCGAGAUCGAGUACAGAAGAAGACCUUCACAAAAUGGGUGAACAAGCACUUAAUAAAGUCACAGCGUCACGUCACAGACCUGUAUGAAGACCUUCGAGAUGGACAUAACCUGAUCUCUCUGCUGGAGGUCCUCUCCGGGGAAUCACUGCCCAGAGAGAAAGGCCGCAUGAGAUUCCACAAGCUGCAGAAUGUACAGAUAGCACUGGACUUCCUCAGACACCGGCAGGUCAAGCUGGUGAACAUCAGAAACGAUGACAUCGCAGAUGGAAACCCCAAGCUCACUUUGGGGUUGAUCUGGACCAUCAUUCUCCACUUCCAGGUCUCCUCCUCUAUCUCAGACAUCCAGAUCAAUGGUCAGUCAGAGGACAUGACGGCCAAGGAGAAGCUGCUGCUCUGGUCCCAGAGGAUGACGGACAACUACCAGGGCAUCCGCUGCGACAACUUCAGCACCAGCUGGAGGGACGGCAAGCUCUUCAACGCCGUCAUUCACAAGCACCAUCCCAGACUCAUCGACAUGGGCAAAGUGUACCGACAGACCAACCUGGAGAACCUGGAACAGGCCUUUGGUGUGGCAGAGAGAGACCUUGGAGUGACACGCCUUCUGGACCCUGAAGAUGUUGAUGUUGCACACCCUGAUGAGAAGUCCAUCAUCACUUACGUGUCAUCCUUGUAUGAUGUCAUGCCGCGGAUGGACGCACAUGAUGGCCACAGAGGAAAUGAGCUGGAGCUGCGCUGGCAGGAGUACUACGAGCUGAUAACUCUCCUGCUCCAGUGGAUCCGCCACCAUGUCAUGAUCUUCGAGGAGAGGAAGUUCCCAGCUAGCUAUGAGGAGAUUGAGCUUCUUUGGCGCCAGUUCCUGAAGUUCAAAGAGGCAGAGCUGCCGGUGAAAGAGACCGACAAGAACCGGUCCAAACACAUCUACCAGUCCUUUGAGAGCGCCGUGCAGGCCGGUCAGGUGAAGGUCCCACCAGGCUACCACCCCAUUGAUGUGGAGAAAGAAUGGGGCCGGCUUCAUGUGGCCAUCUUGGAAAGAGAGAGGCUGCUGAGGAUAGAGUUUGAGAGACUUGAGAGGCUGCAAAGGAUCGUCACUAAAGUCCAGAUGGAGACAAGGACGAGUGAUGACCAGCUUAGCCUCCUGGAGAACCUGCUGCAGACGGAUAUCCGUCUGAUGAAUGCAGGGAAACCACCUCAGCACACGGCAGAAGUGGAGAGAGAGCUGGACAAGGCUGACAACAUGAUCCGCCUGCUCUUCAAUGAUGUGCAGAUUCUCAAGGAUGGGCGCCACCCUCAGGCUGAAGAGAUGUACCGCAGGGUUUACCGCCUCCAUGAGCGUCUGGUGAACCUGCGCAGUGACUACAACCUUCGCCUGAAGUCAUCUAUGACUAAAACCACGGUUAACCUGGUGCAGACCACCCAACAAACCAUUAAGGUGCGGCCUGAGAUGGAUGAUGUCACCCUCCGCUAUGUCCAAGACCUUCUAGCCUGGGUGGAGGAGAACCAGCUGCGCAUUGAUAAGUCUGAGUGGGGCUCUGAUCUGCCCACUGUGGAGUCCCAGCUGGGGAGCCACAGAGGCCUGCACCAAACUGUGGAGGACUUCAAAUCUAAGAUUGAACGGGCCAGAGCCGACGAGAGCCAGAUUUCCCCUGUCAGCAAGGGCGCCUACAAAGACUACCUGGGCAAACUGGACCUUCAGUACGGCAAACUGCUGAACUCUUCAAAGUCUCGCCUGAGGAACUUGGAUUCACUUCAUGCCUUCGUCAGCGCCGCCACAAAGGAACUGAUGUGGUUAAACGACAAAGAAGAGGAGGAGGUCAACUUCGACUGGAGUGACAGGAACAGCAACAUGACGGCUAAAAAGGACAACUACUCGGGUCUGAUGCGAGAGCUGGAGUUGAGGGAGAAGAAGGUCAAUGACAUCCAGGCCUUAGGAGACAGACUUGUCAAAGAUGGACAUCCUGGCAAGAAGACAGUCGAGUCCUUCACAGCUGCCCUGCAGACUCAGUGGAGCUGGAUCCUGCAGCUGUGCUGCUGCAUUGAGGCUCAUCUUAAAGAAAACACAGCCUACUACCAGUUCUUUGCUGAUGUUAAAGAUGCUCAGGACAAGAUGAAGAAGAUGCAGGAGAACAUGAAAAAGAAAUACAGCUGCGAUCGCUCCACUACAGCCACCCGUCUGGAGGAUCUGCUGCAGGAUGCUUCGGAGGAGAAAGAACAGCUGAAUGAAUAUAAGACGCUUGUCACCGGCCUGAACAAGAGAGCCAAAUCCAUCAUCCAGCUGAAACCACGAAACCCAACCACAUCCAUUAAAGGCAAACUGCCCAUUCAGGCUGUCUGUGACUUCAAACAGCAAGAGAUCACCGUCCACAAAGGAGACGAGUGUGCGCUCCUCAACAACUCCCAGCCCUUCAAGUGGAAGGUCCUGAACCGCUCCGGAAACGAGGCCGUGGUGCCCUCCGUCUGCUUCUUGGUGCCUCCCGUUAACAAGGAGGCUGUGGAUGGUGUGAACAGCCUGGAUACAGGUCAUCAGCAGAUGGUGACGCUGUGGCAGACGCUCCACAUAGACAUGAAGAGCUUGCUGUCAUGGCAGUACCUGAUGAGAGACUAUACACAGAUCCGCACCUGGAACAUCACCACAUUGAAGACCAUGAAACCAGAGGAAUACAGGCUGAUCAUGAGAAACCUGGAGCUCCACUACCAGGACUACAUGCGCGACAGCCAGGACUCGCAGCUCUUUGGCCCAGAUGACCGCAUGCAGAUCGAGGAGGACUACUCCAAGUCUACCCAGCAUUUCGACGGCCUGCUCCGCUCCAUGGAGAAAGGUCAACAGAACGAAUCCCUGUGUAAGAACUACAUCUCUGAGAUAAAGGACCUGCGUCUGCGCAUCGAGGACUGUGAAACUGGGACUGUGGCUCGCAUACGCAGACCUGUGGAGAAGGAACCUCUGAAAGAGUGUAUCCAGAAGAACACAGAGCAGAAGAAAGUCCAGGUGACGCUCGAUGGCCUCAAGAAAGACCUGAACAAGGUUUCUGCAAAGACAGAAGAAGUCUUGGCCUCUCCGCAGCAGUCCGCCUCAGCUCCCGUCCUGCGCUCAGAGCUUGACGUCACCGUGCAGAAGAUGGAUCAUGCCCACAUGCUUUCCUCCGUUUAUCUGGAUAAGCUGAAGACCGUGGAAAUGGUGAUUCGUAACACACAGGGUGCUGAGGGAGUUCUCAAGCAGUACGAGGACUGCUUGCGUGAGGUUCACACUGUGCCCAGUGAUAUCAAGGAAGUGGAGACUUACAGAUCAAAGCUUAAGAAAAUGCGUGCUGAAGCCGAGGGUGAGCAGCCGGUGUUCGACUCUCUGGACGAGGAGCUGAAGAAGGCCUCCAAAGUGAGCGACAAGAUGUCCCGCGUGCACAGCGAGCGCGACGCCGAGCUGGACCACUACCGCCAGCAGCAGUCUAGUCUCCAGGAUCGCUGGAAGGCCGUGUUCACGCAGGUGGACCUUCGCCAGAGAGAGCUGGACCAGCUUGGCCGUCAACUUGGCUACUACCGUGAGAGCUACGAUUGGCUGAUCCGCUGGAUUGGCGACGCCAAGGAAAGGCAGGAGAAGAUCCAGGCGGUGCCCAUCACUGACAGCAAAACCCUGAAGGAGCAGCUGACCCAGGAGAAGAAACUGCUGGAGGAGAUUGAGGGCAACAAGGACAACGUUGAUGAAUGUCAAAAGUAUGCUAAGGCAUACAUUGAUUCUAUCAAGGACUACGAACUCCAGUUGGUCGCCUACAAAGCCCAGGUGGAGCCACUUGCUUCUCCAUUGAAGAAAACCAAAAUGGACUCUGCUUCUGACAACAUCAUUCAGGAGUAUGUAACUCUGAGGACCAGGUACAGUGAGCUGAUGACUCUGACUAGUCAGUACAUCAAGUUCAUCACUGACACACAGCGCCGCUUGGACGACGAGGAGAAAACUGCAGAGAAACUCAAAGCGGAAGAGCAGAAAAAAAUGGCCAAGAUGCAGGCUGAGUUAGACAAACAAAAGCAGUUAGCUGAAGCUCAUGCAAAGGCCAUUGCCAAAGCUGAGAAAGAAGCUAAAGAGCUGAAGCUCAGAAUGCAGGAAGAAGUGAGCAGGAGAGAAGUUGCUGCUGUAGAUGCAGAAAAGCAAAAGCAGAACAUCCAGCUUGAACUCCAUGAGCUCAAAAACCUGUCGGAGCAGCAGAUUAAGGACAAGAGCCAACAGGUGGACGAAGCGCUUCAAAGCAGGGGCAAGAUUGAAGAGGAAAUCCGUAUCGUCAGGCUCCAACUGGAGACGACAGUCAACCAGAAGUCCACUGCAGAAUCUGAGCUCAAGCAGCUUCGUGACAGAGCAGCUGAGGCUGAAAGGCUUCGAAAGGCCGCGCAGGAAGAAGCCGAGAAGCUCCGCAAACAAGUCAGUGAGGAGACACAGAAAAAACGCAUGGCAGAGGAGGAACUCAAGCGCAAGUCUGAGGCCGAGAGGGAAGCUGCUAAGCAAAAGCAAAGAGCACUUGAAGACCUUGAAAACCUCAAGAUGCAAGCAGAGGACGCUGAAAGGCAGGUCAAGCAAGCAGAAAUUGAAAAAGAGAAACAAAUCAAAGUUGCUCAAGUCGCAGCCCAGAAGAGCGCUUCGGCUGAGCUCCAGAGCAAGCACCUUUCCUUCGUGGAAAAGACCUCAAAGCUGGAAGCGUCACUCAAACAAGAGCAUGGCACCGUCCUCCAGCUGCAACAAGAAGCCGAACGUCUCAAGAAGCAACAAGAGGAAGCCGAAUUUGCCAGAGAAGACGCAGAAAAAGAGCUGGAGAAAUGGAGGCAGAAAGCCAACGAGGCUCUCCGUCUGAGACUGCAGGCCGAGGAAGAAGCUCACAAAAAGAGCCUCGCUCAGGAAGACGCUGAAAAGCAAAAGGAUGAGGCCGAGCGCGAGGCUAAAAAGAGAGCCAAAGCCGAAGACUCCGCCCUGAAGCAGAAAGACAUGGCUGAGAAAGAGCUCGAGAGGCAGAGGAAGAUCGCCGAGAGCACCGCUCAGCAGAAGCUCACUGCAGAGCAGGAGCUGAUUCGUCUUCGCGCAGACUUUGACAACGCAGAGCAGCAGAGAUCCCUCCUUGAAGAUGAACUUUACCGUCUGAAGAACGAAGUCGUCGCAGCUCAACAAGACAGGAAACUGCUGGAGGAUGAACUGGCCAAAGUGAGGAGUGAAAUGGAUGUACUCGUUCAGCUUAAAUCCAAGGCAGAGAAGGAGACCAUGUCCAACACAGAGAAGAGCAAACAGCUCCUCGAGGCCGAAGCCACCAAGAUGAAGGACCUAGCCGAGGAAGCAAGCAAGCUCAGGGCCAUCGCGGAGGAGGCGAAACAUCAGAGACAGGUCGCUGAGGAGGAGACAGCUCGCCAGAGAUUGGAGGCUGAGAGGAUCCUGAAAGACAAGCUUGCUGCGAUCAGCGACGCUACUCGUAUGAAAACAGAGGCUGAAAUCGCCCUGAAGGAGAAGGAGGCAGAAAACGAAAGACUCCGCAGGCAUGCCGAGGAUGAGGCUUACCAGAGGAAGGCUCUGGAAGACCAGGCCAACCAGCACAAGCAAGAGAUCGCGGAGAAGAUAGUACAGCUGAAAAAAUCCUCAGAGGCUGAAAUGGAUAGACAGAAGGCGAUCGUGGACGACACGCUCAAACAGAGACGAGUUGUAGAAGAAGAGAUCAGAAUUCUCAAAGUCAACUUUGAAAAAGCUUCGUCUGGAAAACUUGACCUGGAGCUCGAACUCAACAAACUCAAGAACAUCGCAGAGGAAACUCAACAAAGCAAACUUAGAGCAGAAGAGGAGGCGGAGAAACUAAGGAAGCUUGCCCUUGAGGAGGAGAAGAGGAGGAGAGAAGCAGAGGAGAAGGUCAAGAAGAUCGCAGCUGCAGAGGAAGAGGCAGCCAGGCAGCGCAAAGCAGCCCUAGACGAACUGGAUCGCCUGAAAAAGAAAGCCGAAGAAGCCAGGAAGCAGAAAGAAGAGGCUGACAAAGAGGCGGAAAAACAGAUUGUUGCGGCCCAACAAGCAGCGCUGAAAUGCAACGCGGCAGAGGAGCAAGUCCAAAGUGUCCUCGCUCAACAGAAGGAAGACACCAUGAUGCAGAAGAAGAUGAAGGAGGAGUUUGAAAAAGCCAAGAAGCUCGCCAAACAGGCCGAGGCUGCAAAGGAGAAGGCAGAGACAGAAGCAGCUCUCCUCCGUCAACAAGCAGAGGAAGCAGAACGACAGAGGGCGGCCGCCGAGCAAGAGGCAGCAAACCAAGCCAAAGCCCAGGAGGACGCUGAGAGGCUGAGGAAGGAAGCUGAAUUUGAAGCUGCCAAGCGAGCACAGGCAGAAGCUGCGGCGCUCAAGCAGAAGCAGCAAGCUGACGCUGAAAUGGCAAAGCACAAAAAACUGGCAGAGCAGACAUUAAAACAGAAGUUCCAAGUGGAGCAAGAGCUCACAAAGGUUAAACUGAAGCUCGAUGAGACGGAUAAACAGAAGUCUGUCCUGGACGAUGAGCUGCAGCGCUUGAAGGAUGAAGUCGAUGAUGCCGUCAAACAAAGGGCCCAGGUCGAGGAGGAGCUGUUCAAAGUCAGGGUCCAGAUGGAGGAGCUACUCAAACUGAAGAUCAAAAUGGAGGAGGAAAAUCAACGCCUCAUCAAGAAAGACAAGGACAACACGCAGAAAUUCCUGGCUAAGGAGGCUGACAGCAUGAAGAAGCUUGCAGAGGAUGCAGCUAGACUCAGUGUAGAGGCCCAAGAGGCUGCGCGCUUGAGGCAGGCCGCAGAGGACGACCUGAAUCAGCAAAGAGCUAUUGCAGAUAAAAUGCUGAAAGAGAAAAUGCAGGCCAUACAAGAGGCAUCUAAACUCAGAGCUGAGGCGGAGAUGCUCCAAAGGCAGAAGGACCUGGCUCAGGAGCAGGCACAGAAGCUGCUGGAGGAUAAACAACUGAUGCAGCAGCGCCUGGAGGAGGAAACAGAGGAGUACCAGAAGUCGCUUGAAGCAGAGAGGAAAAGGCAGUUGGAGAUCAUUGCAGAGGCGGAAAAACUCAAACUUCAAGUUUCUCAGCUCAGUGAAGCCCAGGCCAAAGCCGAGGAGGAGGCUAAGAAGUUCAAGAAACAAGCGGAUACUAUCGCUUCCCGUCUUCAUGAGACCGAAAUAGCCACCAAAGAAAAAAUGACGGCAGUGGAAAAACUGGAGGUUGACAGAAAAAACACCAGCAAAGAGGCAGACACCUUACGCAAAGCUAUUGCAGACCUAGAAAACGAGAAGGCUAGACUGAAAAAGGAGGCUGAAGAACUACAAAAUAAGUCUAAAGAGAUGGCUGACGCACAGCAGAAACAAAUUGAGCAUGAGAAGACAGUCCUGCAACAGACGUUCCUGACAGAAAAGGAGAUGCUGUUAAAGAAGGAGAAACUAAUCGAAGAUGAGAAAAAGAGGCUGGAGAGCCAGUUUGAAGAGGAACUCAAAAAGGCUCAAGCUCUCAAAGAAGAACAAGAACGCCAAAAACGGCAGAUGGAGGAGGAGAAGAAGAAACUCCAGGCUAACAUGGAUGCAGCCCUCAACAAACAAAAAGAAGCUGAGAAAGAGAUGCUUAACAAGCAAAAAGAAAUGCAAGAACUAGAAAAGAAGAGAUUAGAGCAGGAAAAAGUUCUUGCAGAAGAGAACCAGAAACUGCGUGAGCAGCUGCACCAGCUUGAGGAAGCAAAGAAAGACCAAAAGAGCAACAUUCCAGACAAAGAGCUCAUCCAAGUUACAAAUGUGAGGACAACAGGGUCAGUUUUCAAUGGUCAAAAUACAGGCGAUUUGAUGGACGGUGCAGAGAAGAAACCAGAUCCCUUAUCUUUUGAUGGCAUCCGUGAAAAGGUACCUGCCAGUAGACUUCAUGAGGUUGGUCUUUUGCCCAAGAAGGACUUUGACAAGCUGAAAAAUGGCAAAACAACUGUGCAACAGCUUGGUGAGCGUGAAAAUCUGAAAAGAACUCUUAAAGGGAAAGACUGCAUUGCUGGUGUUUUGUCGCCAUCCAAACAGAAGAUGUCAAUCUACCAAGCAUCAAAGGAAAAGAAGAUUACUCCUGGCACAGCCAUGGUCCUACUUGAAGCGCAGGCAGCCACAGGUUACAUUAUAGAUCCUAUCAAGAACCAGAAACUGACUGUCAAUGAGGCUGUCAAAGAAGGCGUGAUUGGCCCUGAACUGCACAACAAAAUGCUGUUAGCUGAGAGGGCAGUUAUUGGCUACAAAGAUCCAUACACUGGUGGAAAGAUCUCGGUCUGUGAAGCAAUGAAGAAAGGUUUGAUCGAGCAUGACCAUGCCAUCAGAAUCCUUGAGGCACAGAUUGCAACCGGUGGUGUCAUCGACCCCAUCAACAGUCAUCGUGUACCCAAUGAAAUUGCCUACAAGCAGGGACAAUAUGAUGCAGAAAUGAACAAAAUCAUGGAGAAGCCCACAGAUGAUACAAAGGGAUACUUUGACCCCAGCACUCAGGAACCUUUGACAUAUGCUGAGCUAAUGACCAGAUGCACAACUGACCCUGACACCGGUCUGCCACUCCUGCCAAUUACAGACAAAGCUGCCCAGUGCUCAAGUAUGUACACAGAGGAGGAGACAAAGGAUGUGUUCAGCAAAACCACUGUGUCUGUGCCAUUUGGAAAGUUCAAAGGAAAGACUGUCACCAUUUGGGAAAUAAUCAACUCUGAGUACUUCACUGAAGAUCAAAAGAAGGACCUCCUCCGUCAAUACAAGACAGGCAAAAUCACAAUUGAAAAGAUCAUAAAGAUUGUGAUUACUGUGGCAGAGGACAAAGAGAAGAAGAAUGAAAUUGCCUUUGAUGGUCUGAGAGCACCUGUACCUGCCACUGAGCUCCUUGAGUCCAAAAUCAUUGAUAAAGAUCUGUACAAUAAGUUGCACAAGGGCAAUAAGACAGUCAAAGAGGUGUCUCAAAUGGAGCCUGUCCACAAAGCACUGAAGGGCACAAAUGGCAUUGCCGGUGUAGUCAUUGACUCAUCUCAGGAGACUAUGUCAUUCUACCAAGCUAUGAAGAAAGACAUGAUGAGAGCAGGACCAGCCUUGCAUAUGCUUGAAGCCCAAGCAGGAACAGGUUACGUGGUUGACCCUGUUAAGAAUCAGAAGUACACCGUUGAUGAAGCUGUCAAAGCCGGUGUUGUUGGUCCUGAGCUGCAUGAGAAACUCCUGUCAGCAGAACGCGCUGUAACAGGCUACAAAGAUCCUUACACAGGAAAAACUGUGUCUCUGUUCCAAGCAAUGAAAAAGGAUCUCAUACCAAAAGAACAAGGAAUACGCCUGCUCGAUGCCCAAUCAACCACCGGUGGCAUUAUCGAUCCUGUAAAGAGCCUCCGCAUCCCUCACGAUGUGGCAUGCAAGAGAAACUACUUUGAUGAUGAGAUGAAACAGCUCCUCGCCAAGCCCACUGAUGAAACUAAAUGCUUCUAUGACCCCAACGCAAAAGAAAAUGUCACAUACUCAGAGCUCUUCAAGAGAUGCGUCCCUGACAAGAAAACUGGUCUCCCACUUCUGCCUCUCUCUGACGAUGCAAUCAAUGCAAAGGAAGAGCCAGCCUUCACUGAGGCCCAGACUAAAGAGGCUAUGACUCAGGCAACUGUUGAGCUUGACUCUGGACCAUUUAAGGGCAAGAAGAUGACCAUCUGGGAUAUCCUCAACUCUGAGUAUCUCACUGAGGAGCAAAGGCUCGACCUGUUAAGACAGUUCAGAUCAGGAAAGAUUACAAUUGAAAAAUUAAUCAAAAUUGUAAUCACAGUUGUAAAUGAGAAAGAGGCCAAGAAACAAGAACAGUCCAGCUUCAAGGGGCUCAGAUCUCCUGUCCCUGCUAGCUCGCUGUAUGAUUCCAAAAUUAUUGAUAAAAAAACCUUUGACAAUCUUAAACAAGGCAAGACAACACCUAAAAAAGUCAGCGAGAAUCCAGAUGUCAAUAAAUACCUGCAAGGCUCUGAUAGCAUAGCUGGCAUCUACCUGGAGCCCACAAAAGAGACAGUGAGCAUCUACCAGGCUAUGAAGAAGAAGCUCCUCAGACACAACACAGGUCUUUCACUGCUUGAGGCCCAGGCUGCCACUGGAUUCCUUGUAGAUCCCGUAAAGAACCAGUGUGCAUCAGUGGAUGAGGCAGUGAAGUCCGGCCUUGUUGGCCCAGAGCUGCAUGAAAAACUCCUCUCUGCAGAAAAGGCUGUCACUGGCUAUAAAGACCCAUUCACAGGCAACAAAAUCUCCCUCUGUGAAGCAAUGCAAAAAGAUCUCAUCUUGAAGGAGCAUGCCAUGCCCCUACUGGAAGCACAGAUGGUUAGCGGAGGAAUCAUCGACCCUGUGAACAGCCAUCGUGUCCCAACUGAUGCGGCAUAUCAGAAGAAGAUUCUCACCAAAGAAAUCGCCAAAACCCUCUCUGAACCGUCUGAUGAUAACAAGGCUUUCUCAGAUCCAGAGUCUGAUGAGAACGUUACCUACAGACAGCUUAAAGACAAGUGCCAAAGAGAUCCAGAGACGGGUCUGAACAUCCUUCCACUCUCAAAGCCUCAGUCUCCAACUGUUGUUGAGAAGACAUACCUCUACACAGAGGAACAAACACAGAGUGAUCUGAUCAACACCCAAAUUGACAUCCCAAUUGAGGGUCUUGCAGACCAAUCAAUGAACCUCUGGGAUAUCAUGAACUCCAAUUUACUUCCAGAGCAGGAGAGGCAGAAACUCAUUGAUGAAUACCGCUCUGGAAAAAUCACCAAAGAGCGCAUGAUAAUCAUUAUUAUCGAGAUCAUGGAGCAGAGAGAGGUCGUCAGGGAUAGUCCACUGACAUGUAAAACUAUAAGGAGAAGGAUCACUAUUGAGGAGCUCUACAAUGCUCGCAUCAUUGACUUGGAGACAUACAACCUCCUUAAACAGGGCAAGAGGGACAUCCAUGACAUUAUGGAGAUGACCAGUGUGAAGCAGUAUCUCUAUGGCACAGGAUGUGUUGCUGGGGUCACAACUGACACAUCCAAGAUAAGCAUAUACCAAGCAAUGAAGAGAGGUUUCCUUAAACCAGAAAUCGCACUCAGCCUCCUAGAAGCACAAGCUGCGACAGGAUUCAUUGUUGAUCCAGUUAAAAAUGAAACCCUCACUGUGGAUGAAGCUGUUCGUAAAGGUGUCGUCGGCCCUGAGAUCCACGAUAAGCUUCUUUCAGCUGAGAGAGCAGUCACCGGAUACAAAGACCCAUACAGUGGGAAAGUCAUCUCUCUUUUCCAGGCCAUGAAAAAAGAUCUUGUUCCAGAGGAUUAUGCUCUGAAAAUGUUGGAGGCACAAACAUCCACCGGUGGUAUUAUUGAUCCUGAGUUCCAGUUCCACCUGCCAGCAGACAUUGCCAUGCAAAGAAGCUACAUUAACAAGGAGACCAAUGAGAAGCUGACUGAUGAUGUCAAGGGAUUUGUUGACCCUGUCACUGAAGAGGAUGUGUCCUAUGCAGAGCUGCUCAAGAGAUGCAAGUUGGAUGGUGGAUUGCGCCUACUCUCUCUUGGAGACAAGAGGUUGAUGUUCAAGGGUCUGAGGAAACAGAUCACAAUGGAGGAGCUGCUCCGCUCACAAAUUAUUGACCAGCAGACUGUCACUGACCUGAACCAAGGUCUAAUUACAGUGGAGGAGGUUAGCGAUAAACUAUCCAGAUACCUUGAGGGCACAAGCUGUAUUGCUGGCGUAUUCUUAGAGUCCUCAAAGGAACGUCUAUCUAUUUACCAGGCAAUGAAAAAGAACAUGAUCAGGCCAGGCACAGCAUUUGAACUUCUUGAGGCCCAGGCAGCCACAGCGUAUGUCAUUGAUCCAAUCAAGAACCUCAAACUGACUGUCAAUGAGGCAGUGAAAAUGGGAAUUGUAGGACCUGAAUUCAAAGACAAGCUCCUCUCUGCUGAGCGUGCAGUGACAGGAUACAGAGAUCCUUAUUCAGGCAAAACGAUCUCCCUGUUCCAGGCCAUGAAGAAGGGGCUCAUUCUGAAAGACCACGGUAUCCGACUCUUGGAGGCACAGAUUGCCACAGGUGGCAUCAUUGACCCUGAGGAAAGUCAUCGUCUGCCAGUUGAGGUGGCCUACAAACGUGGCUUCUUUGACGAGGAAAUGAAUGAGAUCCUGACAGAUCCAUCUGAUGACACCAAAGGCUUCUUUGAUCCCAACACAGAGGAAAAUCUAACCUACCUCCAGCUCAUGGAUAGAUGCAUCACAGAUCCUGACACCGGCCUGUCACUCCUGCUACUGAAAGAAAAGAAGCGGGAAAGAAAGACCUCCUCCAAAUCCUCAGUUCGUAAACGCAGAGUUGUCAUCGUAGACCCAGAGACCGGGAAAGAAAUGACUGUGUAUGAGGCCUACAGGAAGGGACUCAUUGAUCAUCAGACCUACUUGGAGCUUGCUGAGCAAGAGUGUGAAUGGGAAGAGAUCACAAUGACCUCCUCUGAUGGCACUGUCAAAUCCAUCAUCAUUGACAGGCGGUCAGGGAGACAGUAUGAUGUUGAUGAUGCUCUUAACCGUGGACUCAUCGAUCAGAAUGCUCUUGAUACAUACAGAUCCGGAAACCUGGCCAUUACAGAAUUUGCUGACAUGCUUUCUGGAAAUGUGGGAGGCCUCCGCUCACGCUCAUCCUCCUUUGGUUCCACCACUGGUUCCACCUACUCCUCUCCAAUGAGCCCCGUACCCUCCAUUAAACCACCUGCAAUCAUAUGGAAUGAUCCAUCAGAGGUGACUUGCCCUGUAGCUGGGAUCUUAGACAUAGACACACUGGAGAAGGUGUCUAUUACUGAGGCCAUACACAGAAACCUGGUUGACAACAUCUCAGGCCAAAGACUGCUGGAAGCUCAAGCCUGCACAGGAGGUAUUAUUGACCCCGCAACUGGAGAAAGGUUCUCAGUUGCUGAGGCCACAGAGAAAGGCCUAGUGGACAAAAUCAUGGUUGAUCGCCUCAACCUGGCUCAAAAAGCAUUCAAUGGAUUUGAAGACCCUAAAUCAAAGGUCAAGAUGUCUGCAUCCCAGGCUCUCAAGAAAGGCUGGUUAUACUAUGAGGCUGGGCAACGUUUCCUUGAGGUCCAAUAUCUGACUGGUGGACUUAUUGAGCCUGAUAUUGAAAACAGAGUGCCAAUAGAUGAAUCCAUAAAGAAGGGCACAAUUGAUGCCAGAACUGCCCAGAAACUAAGAGAUGUCACUUCAUAUUCUAAAUACCUGACGUGUCCCAAAACCAAACUAAAGAUCUCCUUUAAAGAAGCCAUGGACAAAAGCAUGAUUGAGGAAGGAUCCGGCCUGAGGCUUCUUGAGGCCUCCUCAACAUCCAGCAAAGGCCUGUACAGUCCCUACAAUGCAAGUGGUCCUGGAUCUGCCUAUGGCUCUCGGACCGGCUCAAGGACUGGAUCUCGAACAGGCUCCAGGAGAGGCAGCAUUGAUGCUGGCUCUGGCUUCAGCAUGAACUUCUCAUCGUCUUCCUACACAUCCUCUUCAACUGGCUACGGCCGCAGAUUCUAGUUAGCUAGUUCUGUUCCUAACAACUUUUUACUUAGGCCCAAAAACAGUAAUGCACCUGAAAAGAAAUAUUUACAUUAACAGACAAAUAUGAUUUAUUUAUUCUACCCUGCAAAUGGUCACAGAACUACAUAGCUUACUGAAUUUUUAUCAAAUAUAAAUGAUGUCUAAACACGUGCCUCAACUAUGGAGACAUAACAAGCAUUGCUAGAUAUAGAGGACAUUCAUUUUCAUAGUAUUGAUCACCAAGUUUAUAUUUUCCAAAGCAUGAAAUCUGUGCUGUUUUUUUAAAGUGACCUUAUAGUUUUCAUUUCACACUAGUGAAAAAGUUGUACACUUGUGCUUUCUGAAACUAAUAUAUAGUGUAUGUAUGUCAAACAGAAAUAUUUUUCCAGAAUAACUUCUUUCCUUUUAAAUUGUCUAUUUUGUAUGACAGUGCUACUUCAGAAGAAACUGUACGUCAACUUAGUUCAAUACUAACAGGUUAAGAAAUACAUAGAUGCCUUCAAAUUUCUGACUUUUUGUACAGAGUAUGGACAGAUUUUGUUAAUGUUUUUAUUUGAAAUGUUUCCUUACUACAUAUCAUACCGAGUCAGACACUACAAAAGGAGACACUAAAGAAAUGCAACACUGAAAAAAGUGCCAGAAUUAAAAACAAGCAGACUGUUCUGAAUCUAAUUUCAUAUCUGUCAUUACUUUGUACUUGUUACAAAUUUUAUUUUGUGGACUUAUGCAUCCUUUGACUUCAUUAAGCCAUUGUUUUACACACUCCAAGUUUUGGAUUCUUUAUAAUCACCAUCCACCAAGUGUCCCUGGUAAAUCCCAAGAUGAUGUCAGAAUUGAUCCUGAACCCCAUACAGACCUGCCUCCUGUUAUUUUGGUUCUUCUGCCUCAGUCCCUCAGAAUCCAACAUAUGACAGAUGUGGAUCAGCAGCUGGCUGGAGCCACUCCCUUCAAUUUGGAUGGUUUGGGGAGUCCAUGUCAUCCUCCUCCAGUUGCACAGAUCUGCCAUGUCCUUUCUUCCAUUGCACGUCAUAUAUGAAGAAAACAGAGGCUGAACCAACCUGACAUCAUCUUGGGAUGCUUUUUAGAGACACUCUUCAUUCAUGACCUUUUUUUCAUAUAUUUAUUACUUGAAUGCUUAAUGUGCUUUUAUGCUGUGAUAUCUUUACUUUUUUUAGAGAACACUCCCAAAGCAAACUGUAUUUUGUCAUUUGAAUUGAGAUUAUAGUGGCAGAACAGCAUGUCUUCAUAAAUUUGAUCCUAAGUCCACUGAGUAUAUUUUUGUAUUAUCUCUCAGUAAAUUGAAUCUAACCAAAGUGGUAAUAAGACACACUUGGUUUUUGACAUAUUUGAUAAAGAACCACAUUGCAUGAAUGUAUGUAUCACAUAUAUCAGUUCAUUUCAGUUGACAUUUUGCCACGUUUUUCCUUUAAGUUUUAUUUUGCUCAGUUAUUUUUCACUGCAAGUGUUUCUUUAUGUAUCUCUAACGUGUUUUACCUCUGUAAAUCUUUUUAUUUUUUAUUUGCCUUGCAUGCGUAACCACAUUUAUAAAGGAUAUUUGGGAAAUAUGUUAGUGUAAAAUAGCAAAGGACAACAGCAGAUGUCACUGUCCUGAUUUCCAUCUACGUAAAAUGUAGAAGUUCACAAACUAACUGGUUCGCUUUGCUUAUGAGGCAGAUUUUGCUUUGAAUGAUGUGGUGAGUGGAUUUUGAUGUACUUAAUGAAAAUAACACUAUGUUGUAAAUAAAUAUGCUCUGGAGAGA